AUGAACCCCAUCACUUGGUUUCUCGGUCUUAUUCAACACCUCUGGAAAUUCAUCUUCAAACAGCGUGACAAAAACCUCUACAGCCUAGACCAUGCAAUCCUCCACGUCCAGACUCCCCCGCCAAGCCUGUGGAUGAACAUGGGGUAUUGGAAGAAUGAAACCACCCUCGCGGGCGCCGCUCAAGCCCUUCUAGACCAAGUCCUCAUCGCUGCCGGUCUGGUGGACCCGUCUGGGCGACCGGUCCCUCACCCGCCGCAGCGCAGGUUCAACCUCCUGGACGUAGGCAUCGGCUGCGGCGACCAGUCGCUCCAUCUGCUUAACACAGCGCGACUCCCUCGAGUGGUCCCAGGUGAUGACCAUGAUGACAGCGCAACCGCCCGUCCACUGCCCCUGUUCGAUGCCUACGUCGGCGUCACCAUCGCCCCUGCACAGGCGGAGAUGGCACGGCAACGGGUUCGAUCGCAGCUGGAGGAGGCUGCUACCUCGCCGUCCAAAGCAGAGAUCUUCUGCGCCGAUGCCGCAGAUCCGUUCUCCUGGAGUAUCCAGAUGAAAGACGCCCUGCGCGGUAUGAUCGUCUCCUCCGAGGAGAACGGACUGUAUUCCGACAACUGGGUCCUGGCCCUCGACAUGUUGUACCAUCUGCGCCCGUCGAGGCGUCCACUGAUCAGCUACGCCUGCCGGGAUCUCCGCGCGUCGUUGAUGGCGUUUGACCUCCUACUGUCUGAGAACGCAUCGCUGUGGGAGCGGCUGAUGCUCCGGCUCGUGUGCAUGGUUACGGGCACGCCGUUCUCGAAUUUCCUGACCAGGGCCGAGUACGAGGAUCUGCUCGUCGGCGCCGGGUAUGGGCGCGACUGCGUGCAGAUGCGCGAUCUCUCGGACCAUGUCUUUGCGGGGCUGGCGGGUUUCAUUGCGCGCAAGGAUGAGGAACUGCGCCGGUUUGGGAUGACCGUGGGCAAGUUCCGGGGGGCAGGGGCUGUGUUUGGCUGGUGGGCCAGGAGUGGCGUGGUUCGGGGAACGGUGAUUAUUGCGAAGAGACAGGGUCUAUAG